UCCUUCUUCCAAACUGUCUAACGCUGUACAAUGUUUUAUGGCGCGGGCGAAUAGUUGGAGUCACAAAUCGAUCAUAUCAGGACACAGUGGAAGGCCAGAGAGGCCGGGGCGUCCUCAAAUGGAAGUGCUGCAUCGUCCUCACACCCAGCUCAACCACGCCCCCCUGUACGACCACUUUCUAUCAACAGCACCCAUCCUGAGAGCCACCCGCCACCGUUGACCCCUUCGCUCAGCUCCCACUAUCUGCAAUCGCCUUCUGUCUCUAGUCAUUCAGGUUCACUUGGGUACUUUUCCAGGAGAGAUCGUGAGCACAAGUCAUCUAUGGAUGAUCAUGGCUCCUCGAACUCACAACCGACGGCUAUCUCGGGGGCGUUCUCCCAUCCUUUACCACCAAAACCUCAACCCGUCCAAUCGCGGCAAUCCUCCACUGACCAAACACCGUCGCAGUCUGCAGCAGCAGCCAUUAGCAGCGCAAAAACAUCCGAACAAGAUCACAGCUCCAGUCCCUCCUCAGCAAAUUCUUCUGCCACAUCCGUUACUCAAGCAUCAAGCAACAAAUUGACGCCUCCUCCGACUGGUACACCUGCGGGAACUUCGUCGGCUCCGGCAUCUUCAUCUCCACCGUCAGCAACAAUUGCCAAGAACCCGCUAAAGCUCUCACAAGUUCCAGAACAUUUGCAGCCAAUUAAGUCGUGGAUGACAGUAUCACCUAUUCCUAGAGCUCCGCUGGGAGACAAAGGCACCAAAACAUUUAGAGGUGAAAGGCGCGACAGCAGGGAUUCGAUUGCGGGAAGCACUUCGCCGCGAUCCACAUCGUCCGUUUCACGGAAGAGCUCCCUGUCCGUUACCGAAAGCGCAAAGGAAGUACCCGCAACACCAGCAGUGGCAACAGCUCCUAAGGUUGCGGACAUAGCAGAAGAUUCGACGAACGUGAUGGAGAGCGUAUCUGUCGCAGCUCAGAGGGCUUCAUCUGCAGCGCACGAAAACCAACCGCAAACACCAACUCCCGCUCAUACACCUACCCCAGCAGGAACAUCCCGCUCAGCUGUACCUCUUGCUCUUCCACCAACGCUCUCCUACCCGCCAGUGAAUGUCUCACCGCCCAACCUCAUCCUAUCGAACGAAGAGGAAAAGACGACAGAUGUGCAGCAGAUUGUUGGUGACUCGACACCAGACGGCAAGUCUCAAUCGGCACCUGCAGCUGCACUGAUAACUUCAGCUCCCAUCAAGACAUCUGCUCAAGAUGCUGAACCUUCUGUUCUCGGGAAGCGGACAGUUGCUUUAUCCUUAUCAGCAGACGAUCGGUCAGAGGAUACGUUUACUCGGCGGCGAAAAUUAUCAGACGGAGCCCUACCAUCUCGUAAGAUGGAAUCGAGCGUCACUGACAUAGAAACACCUCAACCUACUCCUGCUCAACCCUUGAACCCAACAAGCAGCUCUCCAUUGGCCCCACCUAACAUGAGUCCACAUGUAACAAAGCGGUCGCCACUGCUCUCGCCACUGAGUAGCCCUGGGGCAGUAGCAGUAGGCCCUGCGGAUCGGCAGCCAUCUCGUCUAUUGGACUCCCCAGACCAUAGCGCAAUAGCGGAUACCAGAUCGUUCAACGAUGUAUCGCAGCAUCAGGAUUCAACACCGGCCGAGAGCGAUGUCUCCAGAUUCGGGGAGGAGAGCGCGUAUGUCAAAAUAGAACCCAUUAUGCCUAAGAAGUCGAACCAAAGGAUGAAGCAGGAGCCCUUUGUGGCUGCGUUGGGGGAGAACGUGGAGGUGACGAACAUUGCUGGUAGCACUGCAGUAACGACAGGUCCACUCCCCACCCCGGCGCUUACGAUGGCGGAGCAAAUGGCAUACCAAGCACCUACCAACCAAGAAAAAGCGCUGGUCAUGGCAAGGGCGAGGUCCGCGAUGAUGUCCAGGCUAGAGAUACAGAUGGAAGAACAGGCUGCGAAGGAGACGAAGAUGGCGGAGGAUAUCGAGAGGUUUAAGAAAAUGUCGCGACUACGGAAAGAAAAGGCACAAAAGAGAAAAUUGCAGGAGGCAAAUGAGGCACCUGUCCAGGACCGCAGGGCCCAACCAGUCCGCCUGAUCAACCAGCAGCAAGGACGACAAUCCAACAGCGAUUCUCCUUCAUUGCGAAGUCAGACCCAGGGCACUCAGCGGCAAGGAUCUUCACCUCAGGAUCAGCAGCGGUUGAGCUACACAACUCGGCAAUCCAAAGCUGCAUCGCGGAUCGAGACACAGCAAAGCGCCCAGAACAGCCCUAGAACGCAAUCCCGUUCCGCUCAGUAUUCCGGUCAGCAGAAGGGACUGAACCAAUCCCUAGGGGACCCAGCACCCCAACCUCCUACACAAAGAGACCAGCGCACGAUGCCAAGCGAAUCCGAUUCUCCUAACCAAGGACGGAUCGAUCAACAGGCAUCUGGCGUUCCCAACAGCAACUUGCGGCCGCCUGAGGAGACUGUGCGCCUCCAUCGAAGAAUCAAUUCGAUGGAUCAUCAUUUGCGCACAUCGCAGUCGCUCAAUUCGCUACGUCCAGAUCCAACAGCGCCUGACCAGCGGGAACUUGCCGAGCAACUUUAUGGACAGCCACAUAGUAAGCGGCUAGAUCUAGGACAGCAUGGAGAGACAAAUCAUAGACGCUCCCACUCGGAUGUUGGCGUAUUGUAUAAGCCUGUUGUUACUGCCAUUGUCCAACCCCAACCGACGGCGCGAGAACAUCCGCAGACUGCAGCAAGACGCGACUUCCCACCUAUACAUCAUAACCCGCGUGUAAACAAGCAUGACAUGGAGUAUUUCCAAAGCGUAUACUCCCCUCAGGGAUUAGGCGGCCCAGCACCAUUCCAGUCUGACGUGGAUGGCGCAAGGAUGAGAGGCAACAGCGCAUUUACAUCAGGGGCGAAUGAGGCUGCCCUAGCCAAGCGAGAGUCCAAGACAAGGCUACAGUUCAUUUUGAAUGACGAGGAUUCUGAACCUGAGAGUCGCAGUGACGAAGAUUUCCCGAGUCGGGAAGCACCUCAUUGGGGCCAGCGCAAUCCUUCCCAGGAGCAUCCGCAAAGAGGAAAUGCGGCAUCAAUGGAAUACGGCGGCCGUUCUUCAUAUGCCCAUGAGUAUAGCGUGCCAGGACACCGUGGCAUGCAUGUGGGCCCAGGCACGCCUCCUUCUGUUGUGGACCCUAAUAUGACGCGGCACCAGCAGGCCAAGAAGCAGAAACUUUCUCAAGAAUUGAUAGGAAUGGGUCAGCAUGUGAACACUAGGACAGAGGAGUACGAGCACCAACUGCGAAAAGCGCAAAUCCAGUCGCAGUCUCCACGGACGGUAGCGCCACCGUCACAGCGUGGGGGACCGCAGGCGGACCGGUGGACUCAGCAGGCCCAUGCGCAAUAUCCGGCGCCUCCGCCACAUAUGCACACUAAGUCACCUUCCCAGCCCCUGCCCUCAGGAAGGAGAGUCUCCGGUGAAGCUCCGCUUAUGACUCCUCAACUUAUUUCGCACCCACCAAGCCGCUCAAUGUACUCUGGCGCAGAGCAACCUCAGCAUGGCAACCCUCCUACGAACAGAGCUGUUCAUCACGAUCAGUACCCUCAUCCAGGAUCUGCGACUGCUCAAGAGAGUCCUCGACCCAACCCUGAUCGUCCGACCCACUCCAGGCACUCGUCAUUGUCCAAGCCAGGUAUUGUGCCCCCCGAGCAUGGCCAUUCUCAUGGUUCGCCGCAUCAAGGAGGCCGUGUAAAGUCAUCACAGGUGCAGCCUGAACAGUACGCUCGAGUCUAUCCAUCAGCGCCAGUAACACAGAGUCCUGGACAGCAACGAACAGUUUCGCAUGCACAUCACCAGCAGCAACCAGCGCAGCCUUCGUACCACCCACAGCAUCAGCAGCAGCAGCAGCGGCAGCAACAACAACAGCAAAUGAUGGUGGGAGGCUCUUCAAGGAAGAAGGCGCAAGUAGAACAUCACCCAGGGACCUACGGCUCCCUACAAGGAGCGGGAGCACAUGCGGGAUAUGAAGCUAGACCCGCUCAUCCCCAGCAUAUGCAUCCACAACAGCAGCAACACUUGCCCUUGAGUCGCCACUCGGAACAGGAGUCGCUUCACGACUUAGAGCCACAGUUAACCUACCAUAAACAGCCACAAGCGUCUGGACAAUAUCGUGGAGUCCAUCAUGACCAAGUUCCAGCCUCAGGCAACCAGGGUUAUUAUGAACAAGAGGCCCAUGCUGGGAACUUUGGAUCAGGUCGUUCGUCCGCAUAUGACUCUCAAUCGCUUCAUCCGUCCUCUGCGCAAGAAAGGCAGGGCGCAUCCUACCCACCACAUCAUGGAACUGGUGCUCCUCACGAUCCGACCUAUCGCUUAUACCCCGGGGGAGGCGCAAGGUCGGCUUUAGGGAACGAGCUUGCCAUGAAGGAGGAUCAUACGCGCGGGGGACCAGGUGCACGAGGAUCCAUGGGCCACUUGCCGUCAGAUCAUCAGCCGCCGCUUCACUCCUCACAACGACAAUAUCCUCAGCAUGCACCGCCACAUCCUCAGCAGCAGCAGCAGCAACAGCAAGAACAACAGCAUGCGCUACAUGACUUUCGCCAUGGACCUGUCUCUUACCAUCAGCAGCAGCAGCAACAGUACCCUGCACAACAGAAACUGAUGCAUGUCCAGGAUCAUCCGCAGUAUCCUCCUCCACAUAAUAACUCUGUGCCUAAGCAUUCCUCUCCGCGCCAUGGACAGCAAGUGGGAGGACAUCCCGGUGAACAUGACCCGAACUACCGUCCUCAAGCCCUGCAAGGUCUAAGACAUGUGCAAGGACACGGCCACGGACAUGCACAUGGACACGACCAUGGGCACGGGCAUAGCGGACCUCCUUGGUAAACGACCAUUCACACAACGCUAUACCUAUUUGUGUCUCAUACCCAGUUUCGCCCUUUAUCAGAUCCUUCUCUGCCAUUACCCCUGUUAGAUUGUUUAUAGUCGUCCCCGCCUACAGCCCAUGCAUGCCAGUAGCGCUCUAGUCUUUUUUCUUUCUUUUUAUCACCCGUCCAAAUUGUACCAUCUCAAGCAUGUUUAUAUUUUCAUCAUCAUUUUUCAGUCCUUUUCGUGUAGCUGUUUGCAUGUAACCAUAUGAAUGGAAGAGAGACAGAGUAAGACACAGAUUUCCAUGGAAAUGACAACGACAAUGAAAACGAAACUAUCAGUGAGCGAUGCAGGUCAUCGUCUUUUUUUCCUCUUGAUGUAUAUCAGCGGCAGCAUGCAAUAGUGAAUCG